AUGAUGUAUUCGCAAGCAUUACGCGGUUGGUACACACUGGCCGCUUUACUAUUGGUAUCCAUCAGCUUUAAAAGCGAAAACGUGCCCCAAAACAUAAGCUAUGCAAAGUUAUUUGGCACCGAACAGUUCCUCUUCGUUGGUUUGUCGAAGUGCUAUUUGAGCGCCGAACUCAGUCCACCACCAAGUACAUGCCCUUAUCAUACCACUUUUCACAUCAGGAAAUUUGAUUGCGCAGCAGUAUACAAUUCCAUGGCCCAGGAAACGCAUUGCAAACAAAUAUUUUUUCGAAAA